UCAAACGCAGGUUCACAACAAUCACAUGAUCUGCACUUCCGCUUCGACUGCUUCAUCCCCUCUUGUGAGACGAGACGCAGCCUUACAAGUCAGACAGCACUCCACUGUGACUCUCACAGCUUCCCCGGUCGCCGAAAUGAACUUCAGGCAAUCGCUGACGAACAUCAACAACGCUAAUCUGGAAGGUUCCAUGAGGAUAAAGCCCCAACCAUGGCUACGGCGAUCUCUAAGAAGCAUGAGAAGACACCCCAGCAAAGAGAUGACAGCAGCCGACUCGCUGCUGUGCAGGGGGACAAAACAGGUAAAUCCCUCUCGAUCAUAUGGUUUUUUGGACUACGCCGACUCUAACAGAAAAUGUGUUACAUUGGAAAAGCAAGAAAAUGAAGUAUUUGGGUUUGAAGUUCAGACUUACGGGUUGCAACAGAGGAACAGGACUGCAGUGGAGAUGUGUACAUAUGUGUUUAAGGUACAGGAAGAGAGCCCAGCCCAAAAAGCAGGCAUGAUCACAGGUGAUGUUAUCGUUGCAGUAAACGGAGUCAACACAGAGGGCGCCAGUCAUCAGCUCAUUGUCAAACUGAUCCAGGAGUCCAGCCAUGUUUUAAGGAUGGAGAUGGUGAGCGGGACAGUCAUGAAGAAGAUCGAACUGGAGAUGAAGUUGAGAUCUCUGAAGCAAAGCUUGCGUGAGAAAUGGGCGGAGCUGCAGGAACUGACAUUACAGGAGCUACGCUUUGCUGAGGCCAAUCAGAGCGAGUGCUCUUCCUACCCAUCUAUUGACUCCCCCAUGUCCCUGGCAUCCCCCGUGGAGCUGGACAGCUGUCGCUUAUCCAGCGUCAGCAGUUGCUGGAGUAUGAUGACGGAGGACGGCGAGGAAGCCGGUCAGGUGACUUCAGACUUUGUGGAACGGAACUCCCAGAAGGGGCGCCGGAUGAGUAUUGAAAGCCAGGUCAGCAGCAGUGGCUCAUUAUCACCCUCCCUGAACCUCCUGGGGGUCACCAUGCUCUUCGGAACUGUGCCCAGGCGAGCCAAAGCCGACCACGUUCGCAAACGAAUCUCAAAGCUGAUUCCGGGACUCUCAAACUCACUGGAGGGGCGGGAGAACAGCUGAAUAACACCUCGACCUGUUGCUGCCUAUGUCUCAGCGUUAUUUAUUAUUCCGUUUCCCUGGUGACUCAUUUAUCCAAAACGGACUUACAGUUGUAGUGAGCUAUACAGUGGGUUAUUUCACAGAAAGUAGUUCAGGUUGAGUGCUUGUUGGUACAAAGACACACGCAUCCCCGAAAGGACUCUGGCUAGUCAAAGCUGCGCACAUGAGAGCAUUAUAAAACAACAGAUACUUAAUCUAACUUAACUUGCAUCUAAUUUAAGUAUAAAAUGUGUACGUUUUAAUAAAGAUGUUUUAUUUUAUGUGCCAUUUGA